AUGUCACACAGUCCCACAUCCAGCGAGGACGAGGUGGCCCAGAGCUUCUCUGACUACUCCGCAGGCUCGGAGACAGACAGCUCCAAAGAGGAGACCAUCUAUGACACCAUCCGGGCCACGGCGGCAAAGCCGGGCAGCACCAGGACGGAGGAGAACCAGGGCCACACUCUGGUGCUGCGUAUCAUCAUCCAGGACCUGCAGCAGACGAAGUGUAUCCGUUUUAACCCGGACGCGACAGUGUGGGUGGCCAAGCAGAAAGUCCUAUGCACGCUGAACCAGGGCCUGAAGGACGUGCUCAACUACGGGCUCUUCCAGCCCGCCAGCAACGGGCGCGACGGGAAGUUCCUGGAUGAAGAACGGCUGCUCCGCGAGUACCCGCAGCCCGUGGGCACGGGGGUGCCGUCACUGGAGAACAAUCUGAAGAAAUUCAUGGACCACAUUCAGCAUUGCUCGGUGGAGAAAAUUGUCAAGAUGCUGGAUCGAGGCCUGGACCCCAACUUCCACGACCUGGAGACUGGAGAGGCGCCCUUGACCUUAGCCGCGCAGCAGGACGACUCCGUGGACGUGAUCAAAGCGCUCAAAAAUGGCGGCGCGCAUCUGGACUUCCGCGCCAAGGACGGGAUGACCGCCCUGCACAAGGCCGCCCGCGCCCGGAACCAAGUUGCCCUUAAGACCCUUUUAGAACUUGGGGCAUCACCCGAUUAUAAGGACAGCUACGGCCUGACCCCACUGUACCACACUGCCAUUGUCGGGGGGGACCCGUACUGCUGCGAACUCCUUCUCCAUGAGCACGCCACCGUGUGCUGCAGGGACGAGAACGGCUGGCAUGAAAUCCACCAGGCCUGCCGAUACGGACACGUGCAGCACCUGGAGCACCUGUUGUUCUAUGGGGCGGACAUGGGUGCCCAGAACGCCUCGGGGAACACGGCCCUGCACAUCUGUGCCCUCUACAACCAGGACAGCUGUGCCCGAGUGCUGCUGUUCCGAGGUGGAAACAAGGAGUUCAAGAACUACAACAGCCAAACUCCAUUCCAGGUGGCGAUCAUAGCGGGCAACUUUGAACUGGCGGAGUACAUCAAGAACCACAAGGAGACCGACGUUGUGCCCUUCCGGGAGGCCCCGGCGUACUCCAACAGAAGGCGGCGGCCGCCCACCACGCUGGCCGCGCCCCGGGUGCUGCUACGCUCCAACAGCGACAACAACCUCAAUGCCGGUGGCCCCGAUUGGUCUGUGUGCUCCACGGCCCCCUCGCACCGCAGUCUCUCGCCACAGUUGCUACAGCCCAUGCCCAGCACCCCGGAUUGUGCCGGGAAGACCCUCGGGAGCUACACCCCUGGACCCCGCAGCCGGUCCCCGUCGCUCAACAGGCUGGGUGGUGCCGGCGAGGACGGCAAACGGCCACAGCAGCUCUGGCACAUCGGGCCCACUUUCCCUCCUGGUGUCAGCAAGGACCCGCUGUCCGCCUUUGAGCAGCCGGGGCCCAAGCGGAAGCUGUACAGUGCGGUGCCCGGGCGGCUCUUCGUCGUCGUCAAGCCAUACCAACCCCAGGUCGACGGCGAGAUCCCCCUGCACCGCGGCGACAGGGUCAAAGUUCUGAGCAUCGGUGAAGGGGGCUUCUGGGAAGGCAGUGCCCGCGGCCACAUUGGGUGGUUUCCGGCCGAGUGUGUGGAGGAGGUGCAGGGCAAGCCCAGGGACGGCCAGCCAGAGACCCGUGCAGACCGCAGCAAGAAGCUCUUCCGGCACUACACGGUCGGCUCCUACGACAGCUUCGAUGCCGCCAGUGACUGCAUCAUCGAGGAGAAGACAGUGGUGCUGCAAAAGAAAGACCAUGAGGGCUUUGGAUUCGUGCUCCGCGGGGCAAAAGCUGAUACACCCAUCGAAGAAUUCACGCCGACACCAGCUUUCCCGGCCCUGCAGUACCUGGAGUCCGUGGAUGAAGGCGGGGUGGCUUGGCAAGCCGGUCUGAGGACUGGGGACUUCUUGAUCGAGGUCAACAGCGAGAACGUCGUGAAGGUGGGCCACCGACAGGUGGUGAAUAUGAUCCGCCAGGGGGGGAACCACCUGGUCCUCAAGGUGGUCACGGUCACCCGCAACCUGGACCCGGACGACACAGCCAGGAAGAAAGCGCCCCCUCCACCCAAGCGUGCUCCGACCACUGCGCUCACCCUGCGCUCCAAGUCCAUGACCUCGGAGCUGGAGGAGCUCGUGGAUAAAGCUUCCGUCCGGAAGAAGAAGGACAAGCCUGAGGAGAUCAUUCCGGCCUCCAAGCUGCCUCGGGCCGCCGAGAACGUGGCCGUGGAGUCCAGGGUGGCCACCAUCAAACAGCGGCCAACCAGCCGGUGCUUCCCCUCUGUUUCCGACCUGAACUCGGUGUAUGAACGCCAAGGGAUCGCAGUGAUGACGCCCACGGUGCCCGGGAGCCCAAAGGGCCCGUUCCUGGGCAUCCCUCGAGGUACGAUGCGAAGGCAGAAAUCCAUAGACAGCAGAAUCUUUCUAACAGGCAUAACGGAGGAAGAGCGGCAGUUUCUGACUCCUCCGAUGCUCAAGUUCACCAGAAGCCUGUCCAUGCCCGACACCUCCGAGGACAUCCCCCCUCCGCCCCAGUCUGUGCCCCCGACUCCGCCGCCACCCUCCCCCACCGUGUACAACUGCCCCCAGUCCCCGACGCCUCGCGUCUACGGGACCAUCAAGCCCGCGUUUAACCAGAAUCCCGCUGCCAAAGUCUCGGCAGCCGCCCGGUCCGACACGGUGGCCACCACGAUGCGCGAGAAGGGUGUGUACUACAGGCGAGAGCUCGACCGGUACUCGCUGGACUCGGAAGAUCUGUACGGCCGCAACGCCGCCACCCCGGCCAGCUUCCGCAGCAGGCGGGGCCAGAUGCCCGAGAACCCGUACUCGGAGGUGGGCAAGGUGGCCAGCAGGGCCGUGUACGUGCCGGCCAAGCCCGCGCGGCGCAAGGGCAUGCUGGUGAAGCAGUGCAACGUGGAAGGCAGCCCUGAGAAGACCUGCUCCAUCCCCAUCCCCACCAUCAUCGUCAAGGAGCCCUCCACCAGCAGCAGCGGCAAGAGCAGUCAGGGCAGCAGCGUGGAGGCGGACCCGCAGGCCCCCGACCAGCCCGGGCAGCUGCGGCCAGACGACGGCCUGGGCACCAGCAGCCCCUUCGCUGCCGCCAUUGCCGGGGCUGUGCGUGACCGGGAGAAGAGGCUGGAGGCCCGGAGGAACUCCCCGGCCUUCCUCUCCACGGACCUGGGGGAUGAAGACGUGGGGCUGGGGCCGCCCGCGCCCAGGACGCAGGCCUCCACGCUCCCCGAGGAGGAGGGCGAGUUUGGCAGCGAGGAUGUCACCGAGCAGCUAGUGCUGCCCACGCCGGGGGCAGCGCCCAGGGAGCCCGAGAACCACUUUGCUGGUGGGGGCGAGGCUGGCACUCCGGGCGAGGCCGGGAAGGCGCCGAAUCCCAUGUCCAAAGUGAAGGGGCCCGAGAGCAGCCCCGAGAACUACGUCCACCCGCUCACAGGGAGGCUGCUCGACCCCAGCUCCCCGCUGGCCCUGGCGCUGUCCGCCAGGGACCGGGCUAUGAAGGAGUCGCAGCAGGGGCCCAAGGGGGAGGCCCCGAAAGCCGACCUCAACAAGCCCCUCUACAUCGACACCAAAAUGCGGCCCAGCAUGGAGCCAGCCUUCCCGCCAGUCAGCCGGCAGAGUGCCCGGGGCCCACUGCGGCGGCAGGAGACAGAGAACAAGUACGAGACCGAGGCGGGCCGAGCGCGGAAGGGCGAUGACAAGAACAUGCUCAUCACCAUUGUGGACACGGCCCAGCAGAGGUCGGCCGGGCUGCUCAUGGUCCACACCGCUGAUGCUGCCAAGCCUGGCGGCUCCCUGGAGGAGGAGGACCAGACAGCGCAGGCGGAGAUGCAGCCAGACCACUUGCCGUCCGAGCUGCCAAGCAUCUCAGAGACUGAAGGUGCUUUACAGCUCUCCGCUGCCCCCGAGCCGGCCGCCACGCCCGGCAGAGCCAUGGUGGCGGCCGGCUCCGUGGAGGAAGCGGUUGUCUUGCCAUUCCGAAUCCCUCCCCCACCUCUGGCCUCCGUGGACUUGGACGAAGAUUUUCUUUUUACAGAGCCACUGCCUCCCCCCCUGGAAUUCGCCAACAGUUUUGAUAUUCCCGAUGACCGCGCCACUCCCGUCCCCGCGCUGGCUGACUUGGCCAAGCAGAAGAGACUUGAUGCCCCUCAGUCCCCACCCUUGAACUCCAGCCAACCGGCCAACUCGGUGGGCACCAAGAAGCCAGCUGGUCUUGCAAACUGCCUGCCCACCUCAUUCCUGCCACCUCCCGAGAGCUUCGACGCCAUCACGGACUCGGGCAUCGAGGAGGUGGACAGCCGGAGCAGCAGCGACCACCACCUGGAGACCACCAGCACCGUGUCCACCGUGUCUAGCAUCUCCACCUUGUCCUCAGAGGGUGGUGAGAACUCAGACACCUGCACAGUCUACGCAGAUGGACAGGUGUUUGUGGUCGACAAACCCCCGGUGCCGCCCAAGCCUAAGGUGAAGCCCAUCAUCUACAAGGGCAACGCGCUGUGCCAGGACGCGCUGGUGGAGGAGGAUGUGGACAGCCUCGUCAUCCCCCCGCCGGCCCCGCCCCCGCCGCCCGGCGGGGUCCAGCCCGGCACGGCCAAGGUCGUGCAGCCGAGGACCUCCAAACUGUGGGGCGAGGUCACGGAGAUCAAGAGCCCCAUCCUCUCAGGCCCAAAGGCAAACGUCAUCAGUGAAUUGAACUCGAUCCUGCAGCAAAUGAACCGAGAGAAAUCGGCCAAGCCGGGGGAAGGACUGGAUUCAGUGCUGGGAAGCAAACCCGCUGGCCUCUCUGCAAGAAGCCCAGAGGUCAUGAGCGCCGUCUCAGGUACACGGAGCACCACGGUCACCUUCACUGUUCGCCCCGGCACCUCCCAGCCUAUCACCCUGCAGAGCCGGCCCGCAGACUACGAAAGUCGGACCUCAGGAACAAGACGUGCCCCGAGCCCCGUGGUCUCACCAACCGAGAUGAACAAAGAGAUGCUGCCCACCCCUCUGUCUGCUGCCGCCGUGUCUCCUUCCCCUUCUCUCUCAGAUGUCUUUAGCCUUCCGAGCCAGCCCCCUUCUGGGGACCUCUUUGGCUUGAACCCAGCGGCACGCAGCAGGUCGCCAUCACCCUCAAUACUGCAACAGCCAAUCCCAAAUAAGCCUUUUACAACUAAACCUGUCCACCUGUGGACCAAGCCAGACGUGGCUGAUUGGCUGGAAAGUCUAAACUUGGGUGAGCAUAAAGAGACCUUCAUGGACAAUGAAAUCGAUGGCAGCCACUUACCAAACCUUCAGAAGGAAGACCUAAUAGAUCUUGGGGUGACUCGAGUCGGACACAGAAUGAACAUAGAAAGGGCUUUGAAACAGCUGCUGGACAGAUAA